AUGUCUCACAUCGUCGUCCGCUCUCUCCCCUUCUCCUCUCGCCUUACCUUUGCCUCCGCAAAGGAGCUCAUCGCCACCGAUAAGGCCAGAGCACAGAAGCUCCUCCAGGGCAUCAACCCCCACGGCCCCCUUGCCUUGUACGAGUCUCGCCGCCGUCGCCAUGAGCACGAGCGCCACGAACGCCACGAACGCCACGAGCAGCACCGACACGGCCACCGCACUACCGGAGCUACUACCGACACUGGUUCCACUGGUUCUGGUACUACCGACGCUGGCGAUGGCGUCAAUGUCACAGACGCGAGCGUAAACUACAACGCCUUCGUCGGUGUCGGCACUCCCGCCACAACCUAUACUCUUCUUAUCGAUACCGGUAGCUCCAACACCUGGGUUGGCGCAGACCAGACAUACACCCCCACUAGCUCUAGUAAGAGCACCGGAGACACCGUCAACGUGAGCUACGGCUCUGGCUCUUUCUCCGGAACCGAGUACACCGAUACGGUCACAAUCGCCCCAGCGCUGGUUAUUCAGAACCAAUCCAUCGGCGUCGCGUCCACUACGCAAGGCUUCAGCGGUGUUGACGGUAUUCUUGGUGUCGGCCCGGUCGAUCUCACUCAGGGAACCGUUUCGAACACCACGGAGGUCCCCACCGUCACGGACAACUUGUAUGCGCAGGGUACCAUCAGCGAAGAAGUCCUUGGCAUUUCUUUUGAGCCUACGACUGCCACUGACUCGGCCAACGGCGAGCUCACUUUUGGCGGAACUGAUAGUACUAAGUACACGGGAGAAAUCACGUAUACUCCCAUCACGACGACGUCCCCCGCGUCGAUGUACUGGGGAAUUAACCAGACGGUCACAUAUGGCACUUCCGAGACGUUGCUCCCCAACAACGCGGGCAUUGUCGACACUGGAACCACCCUGCUCAUGCUUGCAUCCGACGCGUUCUCUAAAUACCAGACGGCAACUGGCGCCACCAUGGACAACACGACGGGUCUGCUCACAAUCACUGAGGAGCAGUACGAGAAGCUGCAAUCGCUGUACUUUACCAUUGGUGGAACGACGUUUGAGUUCACCGCCAAUGCCCAGAUCUGGCCUCGUUCAUUGAACAGCACCCUUGGCGGAACUGAAGGUCAGAUCUACCUGAUCGCCAGCGACAUCGGCAGCCCGAGCGGAUCCGGCCUUGACUUCAUCAAUGGUUUCGGAUGGCUCCAGCGGUUCUACAGCAUAUUCGACACCACCAAUGCCCAGGUCGGCAUUGCGACCACGCCCUACACGGACGCCACCACCAACUGA